GCAAUGGACCGGAUGGCGCUCAAUUGUGCCUUUUCGCCAUCGGCGUAUUGAUGUCGAUCGGAGCUAUUUCGUUGGCGAUCGAGCGGAACGCGUAUUGUGACCCGGAUCAGCUGCUGGGUGUGGAGCCCCCAUAUGGUGGCGAUCUGCUGCCAGAUCGUUUCAUUCUCUCGGAGCGAAAGCAGUAUCUCAAGCUUUCCAAAAUCAUAGACGUGUACGAUGAAAACUGGGUGAGGAUGGGCUACUUCUAUGACUUGAACCUCCUCUUCAUCAUGCGUUUCGGGUACUCAGACAACUCCGACCGGAUCUGGUUCGAGGCGAA